AUGUUCGCCUUCAACUCACCCGAGGAAUUCAUUGCUUCGCUCCAAGAACUUACUUGGCCGAUCUGCUGCGACUCCUUCAGCGAAGAACACUAUCCAAUCUGCGUGGACGGCUGCCGUCACGUCUUCGGUGUCGAAUGUCUCAGAUCGUGGGUAACAUCAGGCCGAUCUGAUCAAAACACAUGCCCCAAUUGUCGGGCCGCGAUGUUCGAGAUCUCGCAGCAGCUGCCUGUACGUGCUCGUUCAUCUGUAGGCGCUACUAGCGACGCGCCUUACGAACGCGUUAUUUCAGACAGCGAGUACGAAACGGACAGCGAGGGCUCACACUAUGAUGAUGAUGAAUAUGAACGCACGGAGAGGUCACCUGCGGAAAAUCAUGAAUAUAAUCCAACGCAAGAUGUGUUCAUAACGGUAACCGGUCGCCUCAUAGCAGUAUCUCUACAUCUUUUGCCUCCUGCAUUCUAUACUCAGGGUUGUGAGGGCUUUUUACAUGAGCAGAGAGAAGCUAUAUGGGAUGUGCGACGGCAACAGCGUGAUCGGGCAAUCGCAUACCGUGCGUUGACAAUGCAGGUCAUGCUCCACGGCGACGGCAAUUCGAUGUGGGAAGAGUUGGUGAUGCCUCUUAUCGAGAAGAUUGCAAACGAGACAGCUCGGGCAUUCAGGGACAGUAAUGUAUGGAAGCUGUGA